AUGGACAAGCAGAGACAGUUCCUACAAGCGUACGAGUACCUGUGCCAUAUUGGUGAAGCCAAAGAAUGGAUUGAGGAUAUUUUAAAACGUCCCAUCCCUCCAAUCGUUCAAAUGGAAGAAGCCUUGAGAGAUGGUGUCACUCUGGCGGAAGUCGUCGAUGCUCUAUACCCUGAACGGCGGAUUCGCAUAUUCCGACAUCCUAAACUCCAAUUUCGACAUUCCGACAACAUUGCUGUCUUCUUUCGAUUCCUUGCCGAAGUCGAACUACCAGAUCUCUUUCGAUUCGAACUCAUUGACCUCUACGAGAAGAAAAACAUACCAAAAGUCAUAUAUUGCAUACAUGCAUUGAGUUGGCUGUUGUUCAGGAAAGGCAUUGUGGAUUUCAGGAUUGGAAAUCUGGUCGGUCAAUUGGAAUUCGAGCACCAUGAACUUGAAGAGAUGCAGAAGGGAUUGGACAGAGCUGGAGUUAACAUGCCAAGUUUUGGAAAUAUGGGUGCGGACUUUGGCGUGGAACCUACUCCAGAACCAGAACCAGUUGAAAGCGAGGAGGAUCGCAUCGAUCGAGAACUUGGUGAGAACGAGCUUGCUAUCAUCGACCUUCAAGCACAAAUUCGUGGUGCAGCUAUGCGAAUGCGACUCGGAGAUAGUAUGCAAAGAUUAUGGGAUUCCGAGGAGAUGCUGGUGGAGCUUCAAUCUAGGAUACGAGGUGACUUUUCACGACAAAUCGCGGAAUACCGUCUGAAUAUGCGCCGAUUUGCUGUCAACCUACAAAGUAACAUUCGUGGAUUCUUCGUACGCCAACGGCAAUCGAAUAGGGAAUCGUUCUGGAAGAGUAGAGAGGGAGAUGUGCUCAAGCUACAGAAUCUGAUCCGGGCGAAGAAAGCCCGCGACGAGGUACGCAUGAUGAAGUCUGAAUUGCGCCAUGAAGGCACCGCAGUACGAGAGAUUCAAGCCAACAUUCGAGGCUUUCUCGCUCGGAGAUCUCACGUUGCACAACAAAAAGAGGCAAAGACUUCAGCUGGGCCGGUCAAGGAGUUGCAAGCCGCAAUCAGGGGCAUGUUACUCAGAAAACUUGUCGCUGAUGACCACGAAGAUCUUUGGACAGAAGAAUAUUCGAUCAGUUCUAUACAGGCUUUCGCAAGGGCCAUGCUGACCAGAAAUCAGAUGUCUCGUACAAAAGAAGCUCUUCAAGCAUCAGCUCCUAUUUGGAGAGCCAUACAAGCAGUAGCGAGAGGAAACCUGGUGAGAAGUGAUAUUCAGACGACGAAGAAAGAGUUGAAGUCGCAUUCUCACCAAAUAGCAACACUACAGGGCUUCAUCCGAGCUGCUUCCACCCGUCGCGGUGUUGAAACGAUAUUAGCUGCUCUACAGCAGGAGGAACCAUCGAUAUUGGAGCUGCAACAUGCUAUCCGAGGAAUGCUCUUACGGAAAAGAGUCGCGGCUGAUUACGAAGCUCUUUCUUCAGAGACCACCAAGAUCACGAAGCUACAAGCAUUGGCGAGAGCGUACCUCCAGAGACAACAUGUUGGAGCACUUCUGGACGACCUUCAUUCUCACACCCCUGUGAUCGUUCAACUGCAGGCUCUAUCUCGUGCCGUCCUUCUUCGCAAUGAUGUUGGAAUGGUGCUUUCGGAGCUGGAAGCCGAGGAAGAAUCAAUCAUUGCCAUUCAAGCAGCGGCUAAGGCGUGCUUGGUCCGAGCUCAAUUUGCUGAGAAGCAACGGUUUUUCAAGGAGAACAUGGAGAAGGUUGUCAAGAUUCAGAGCUUCGUACGCGGCCGACUCCAAGGUGAAGCUUACAAGAGCUUGACUACUGGAAAGAACCCACCCGUCAACACCGUCAAGAAUUUCGUCCAUUUACUGAACGACAGUGACUUUGACUUCAACGAAGAAAUCGAGUUCGAGCGUCUUCGCAAGACUGUUGUCCAGCAAGUCCGACAAAAUGAGAUGGCUGAGCAGUACAUCGACCAAUUGGACAUCAAGAUUGCUCUUCUGGUAAAGAACAAAAUCACUCUUGAUGAGGUUGUGAAGCAUCAAAAGAAUUUUGGUGGCCAUUCCGGUAACCUGCUUGUCAAUACCACCAUGGUCUCAGGUAAUCAGUUCGAUUUAAAAGCUUUGAACAAGAACUCGAGAAAGAAGCUUGAAUCAUAUCAGCAACUCUUCUUCACCCUCCAGACUCAACCACAAUACUUGGCCCGUCUCUUCAAGCGGAUACGGGAACAAGGCACUGCUGAGAAGGACUGUAAGCGAAUUGAGACCUUGAUGAUGGGACUUUUCGGCUAUGCGCAAAAGCGACGAGAAGAAUAUUAUCUGCUCAAGCUGAUCUCUAGAUCAGCAAAGGAAGAAGUCGAUGGCACGAAGUCAAUACAAGAAUAUCUGCGAGGCAACUUCUUCUGGUCGAAACUCCUUGCCAACUACACUCGAUCGCCAAGAGAUAGAAAAUACCUCCGAGAAUUGCUUGGUCCACUGAUUCAUGCCAAUAUCAUCGAAGACCCAGCUCUCGACCUCGAGAGCGAUCCAAUGCAAAUAUACCGUUCAGCCAUCAACAAUGAAGAACUUCGAACUGGAAGACCUAGCCAGCGUCCUUUAGAUAUUCCUCGAGAAGUUGCCAUUAAAGAUCCUGAGACUCGAGAUAUGUUCAUCGAUCACUUACGAGAUCUUAGAGAGAUCUCCGAUCAGUUUCUUCUUGCUCUUGAAGGUCUUGUCCACAAGCUUCCGUACGGUAUGCGCUUCGUAUGCCAACAGAUUUUCGAGGCUCUCUGCCAACAUUUCCCUCGAGAACGCCAAGAACAUCUUCUUCAGGUUGUCGGCAACUGGUUAUGGAAGUUCUAUUUACAGCCUGCCCUCACAGCGCCAGAGACCAUGGGUGUUGUUGAAAAACAAUUAACCCCGCUUCAAAAGCGCAAUCUUGGUGAGGUAGCAAAAGUGCUCAGCCAGGUUGCAUCUGGCAGAUUGUUCGGUGGCGAGAACAUUUACCUACAGCCUCUGAAUGCAUACAUUGGAGAUGCCAUUCAACGGAUAACCGAAAUCUACUCCAACAUAAUCUCAGUACCUGAUGCAGAAAACACCUUCGACAUUGACGAAUUCAAUGACCUCUACUCCCGAACCAAACCAACACUGUACAUCAAGAUGGGAGACAUUUUCGCCAUCCACAAUCUCAUUGCCAAUGAUCUGCCCCACGUUUGCCCUAACCGAGAUGAUAUGCUUCGAGAAAUCGUGCAAGAGCUGGGAAGCGCGAAGAACAACGAGACAGAGAUGCUAGGAGUCACCUCUGGUGAAAUCAACAUGACGCUCAACCCCAAGCUACACGACAUUGAAGAUCCAGAGGCAGAGGUGAAAGCACUCUUCAUGGAAACCAAGCGAUGCGUAUUGUACAUUAUUCGAGUGCAGUCUGGUCCCAACCUCAUGGAUAUUCUUGUCCGACCAAUCUCCCGUGAGGACGACAUGAAGUGGCACUCUCUACUACGUGAGGAGUUCUCCCAGGGGAGCAAUACUCGAGGUGCUUACUCGGAUGCCAACACCUUGGUAGACAUCAAAUCGAUGUCCUACAAGGAGCUAAAGCGGACAGCGUUGGAGAACAUUAUGAGACUAGAGCAAAUGGGACGAAUCUCGCGGCAUAACUUCUACCAAGAUGUGCUGAACGCCAUCGCCUUGGAUAUUCGUACAAAGAGUCGAAGACGUGUACAGCGACAACGGGAACUUGAAGGCGUCAAACUCACCUUGGCUAACUUGAAUGAGAAAGCUGAGUGGUUGGAAUCUCAAAGAAAGAGCUAUGAUAACUACAUCGAGCAAGCUAUGAUGACGCUGCAGAAGAAAGGGAAAAAGCGGUUCCUUAUGCCAUUUUCGAAACAAUACAACCACGAACGAGAACUCGAACGAUCUGGUCGCAAACCCAAAUUCGGCUCCUUCAAGUACUCCGCCAGGACUCUGUCCGAUAAAGGAGUUCUUGUGUCGUGGAAGGGCUACAAUGAUCGAGAAUGGGACAAGAUCAACCUCACAAUCUCUUGCGACGAAGUCGGAAUUUUCUUUAUCGAAGGUAGCAGAGGAAGCAUUCAAAUUCCCGGUGCUAGUGCUCAAGUACCUAUGGACUCGCUGCUGGCUGCGCAGUUCGCCAAUCACCAGUACAUGGAUCUCUUUGAGGGUGGCAUGAGGCUUAAUGUUAAUCUCUUCUUACAUUUGUUGUACAAGAAGUUUUACCGCACGGAUGGAUGA